UCGUCUACAUCUGUUAUCUCUCUCCUAGCAGCCGUCGUUCUUUUCUCCUCUUCUCUUCCUGCGCAAAUUGUCGUCUUCCUCAUUCUUGCAACAACCGCUAGCCCAAGCUCCAUAGCCGUCGUGCCUCCUCUGAUGCUUCUUCCGCAUCGUCGUGCCGCAAGCCGUGGCUCCUUCCAGGAGCACGUCUCACUGCGCUACAGAGGCUUGCGCUUCCAAGCCUGCUGCUGCUCCUACCAGCCAGACAGUCUCGUCGUCCCGGUAGUUGGCAGCUGCAAGUGCUGCUGUAGCUGUUACACCAAGAGCUGUCCCUCAAGCUCGGAAAGCGUCGCUCGCCCGGUUCUUGGAGAAGUGAAAGGAAAGGUAUGGACUGUGCCUUGCUAUACUUUCUAUGGUGUAUAUGCUCUGCUCAAGCUUGUUGUCGUCAACAUCUAACCGAUCCCUGCGUCAGGACACUAGUCUUCAUCCUCCUUGUUUCUUUCUCUCUGCAGAGUGGCUAGUGUCGAGCCAUACCCGACGUCCAACUCCAAGAGCCCGCUAGAGAGCAGUGACGCCCUCGACAGCGCUAGCGCUCCAACGAAAUCGUCAUCUGCAGACGUCGCCCCGGCGAGCAGCCACAACGGCGGCGGCGUAGAGCUUGUGCGCCAUGGCGGAUAUCCCAGGAGCAUCAGCUUCAGCACAAAUUUGCAGAUCUGACUCUGGUGUUGCUGUCCAUAGACUACCACUACCACUACAACUCCGUGUCCGCGAGCUUCUCCUGGUGUAUGACUACAUGCCCAACGGCAGCCUAGACAGGUGGUUGUAGAACUCGACGCCCUCCCGCACCUCCGCGCGGUGCCCCAGUCCCAGACCCAGCCCGAGCCCCGCCCUCCGCUUCCAGUCCCGCUGCUCCUCGUCGUCAUCUUCGCCGAUGAACCACCGCACGGAGGCCUCGAGCGCCGGCGAGCGCGGGCGAGCGCCGCGGAGCCGCGCGACGGCGGCCGCGGCGGCGAGGGCGAACCCCGCCGCGGCCGCCAGGAGGGCGAGGUGGUGGCCGCCGUCGCCCCCGUGCAUGAGCAGCGCGGCGAGCGUGAGGACCGGGAGGAGGAGGAGCGCGGACUGGGCCGGGCCGGGGCGGAACCGGUGGUGGGCACAGCGGAGCAGCGCCCGAGGCUUGCCCAGUGGCGCCUGCGCCUUCUUGUCGUCGGGUUCCGGGUCGUCGAGCGCGUGGAACGAUGCGGUGCCGGGACCCGCGCACAUGGUAGGCGACCGGAGUAGCGACGACGGCGUCCUCGUCAGCUUACCGGCUCCGCCGCCGUGCUCGUCCAUGCCUCCCUGCCGUCUCGCCCCCGCCGCCGCGUCAGCUCCUCUCUUUCGUUUCUGAACCGUGCUCUGCUUCCCCCGCCGUUUCUGAAGCGAGGAGAAGGAGAGAAGAGAGAGAAGGGACAAGACGGGAAAGCAGCGAGCACUCACGGCGCUGGGACGGCGGCUGUCUCAAUGGUCUUAAUCGUCGUUCACUACUGAUAAUGGCGUGGUCAUGUCCAUUUUGAAGUGUGGGUUGUCCUCUAGUUUUCCAUAAUAGAGAAUCCCUCGCCUA